CUGGGCCUGAAACGUCGACUGUACCUCUUCCUAGAGAUGCUGCCUGGCCUGCUGCGUUCACCAGCAACUUUGAUGUGUGUUGCUUGAAUUUCCAGCAUUUGGUGCGUAUUUUGCACAAGACAGUCGGUAGGUCGAGGUACAGAUCCCGCCCCUCGGCGACCUUUGACCGCUACGUGACUACGUCACCACGCAGCGCUGGCGGAAGUGAGCUGCUUGCCGGACGACGAUGGCGGCGCCCAAGAGCGUUCCGCGGGAUGCGCAGGUUAUGGCUCAGAUUCUAAAGGAUAUGGGUAUCACUGAAUAUGAACCAAGAGUUAUUAAUCAAAUGCUGGAAUUUACUUACCGAUAUGUUACUACAAUAUUGGAAGAUGCUAAAAUUUAUUCUAGUCAUGCGAAAAAGGCAAGUGUUGAUGCAGAUGAUGUAAGGCUGGCUAUUCAGUGUCGAAUGGACCAUUCGUUUACAUCCCCCCCUCCUCGAGAUUUUCUGCUAGAGAUUGCUCGACAGAAGAAUCAAAACCCACUACCAUUGAUAAAACCAUAUGCUGGGCCUAGGCUACCUCCAGACAGAUACUGUCUAACAGCUCCAAACUACAAACUUAAGUCAUUGCACAAAAAGGUAACAUCAUCUGCUGGAAGAAUAACUGUACCUAGAUUGAGUGUUGGAGCUUGUGUCACCAGUCGACCCAGUACACCAACACUAGGUACUCCUUCAUCACAAACAGUGGCAGUAACUGCAAAAGUUGGAACUCCUGCGUCAUUAGCUGGGCAGAGAUUUACAGUACAGAUCCCUUCUUCACAAGCUACAGUUAAACCAGCCACAGGAAUCUCAACAACUUCAGUCCAAAAUGUGCUGAUAAAUCCAUCUCUGAUUGGCUCAAAAAAUAUUCUUAUCACAACGAACAUGGUCUCAAACUCAAGUAGCACCACUGAGUUAAACCCAUUGAAACGGAAACACGAAGAUGAUGAUGACUACGAUGCUUCCUAAAGAAUGGAUAUAACCAACCUUGCAAAGUUACUUUCAAAGUAAAGCAAAUAUUUUAAGACUGUCAGGUGCUCAAAAUUAUCUACAGACUUCAGUUUGAGGUUGCUUGCAGGUCAUCAGUUUGGAUGGGCUGAGAGAUGCGUUCAAUAAUGUUAAACCAAUUCAGUUUUGUUAUGCCAGUGCAACACUCAGAAUAUGGUAAGGCUGCGUUCCCUCUUUAGAUUAAAACACCAGUGAAGAACUGCUCAAACCAUGAGCAGCAGAAGCCUUGGGUUACUCCUUGUCAUCGGCUUAUUUCAAUUAUUUUAUAUUUGUUCUCAUUUUCUGUAUGUAAAUUACUUUUAACCUGAGAACCAUUUCCACGCUUACCAAAAUCAUUUCUGAGCACUGAAUCUGGAUUAUGUUGAUUUUUCAUUUUCCUUUUAUUUGAGCAAAUUGUUGUCAGUAUUCCUGUAUCUAAAAGGUUUAAGAAAUUGGUGUUACUGCAGGUAUCAAAUUCACAUUUGUUUAUUUUGUAAAGUACGUAUACAGUUCUGCUACUUUAUUCACUUGUUCCAGUUGUAUUAUGAUACAAUGCUAUUGUAGAAUGAAUCAGUCUUUUGUGAAAUAACCUUUUGGUUUGUUACCUCUACUUGGUAAGGCAAAUUCCAGUAUGAAUCCAAUGUCAUGUUUCAUUACUUAACCUAGUUUCUUGUAACACUAGAAUUAUUUUUGGAUUUCUUUAAGAGGCUAGAUUACAGUUCAUUGUCUUUUUUAUAUAACAAGGAGCUUAGUCUUAAAAGUAAUACAAGUUUCUUACCAAUUUGAGGCAUACUGUACAAUGACUGUUCUGAUUUGCAUUGAGAUUUAACUCUGGAUAAAAAUUUUAAAUGUUAAGGCAAUAUUGUUCUAUUAUUAAGAAAUUGUAAAUUUGGAAAUCCUUGGAAUGAUCAAUCAUAAGUUAAUUGUUAAUAUUUUCAUAUUCUCUUUACCAUCCUAUUGCUAAAAGAUGCUCAAAGAUUUGACAAUAUUUUUUCUUUGGUGACUAUUCUUCAGUAUGAAGCAAAGCUAAAUGCGGAAUGAAGUACAUCCCAGUGCUUGAAACAGUGAACCAAAACUGUCAGUUAACAUCUUCAUGUGUCUUAAUUAUCUAUCAAAGCUUAAUGCUUAAUUAAAUUUCAAUUAAGGUAAAAGGGACAUU